UAGUCCCGUGGUGUCCGUGAAGGUCCCCCAGCUGGCCGAGGUAAACAGUGCAGCCAUUGUUGUCAGCUGUCCCUUCAGGCGACCCGGACAGCCCCAGCAAGUGUUCCUCCUCGCCUUUGGUCACACCCAGAGCAAUGGCAGACCAAGACAUAUUAACCACGCUCAAGAUCCUCAUUAUCGGCGAGAGUGGCGUUGGGAAGUCGAGUCUUUUGCUUCGGUUCACUGACGACACAUUCGACAUCGAGCAGAGUGCAACCAUAGGGGUUGAUUUCAAGGUCAAGACGAUCACAGUGGAUGGCAACACGGCGAAACUGGCAAUAUGGGACACGGCAGGGCAGGAGAGGUUUCGCACCCUGACUCCCAGCUACUACCGCGGGGCACAGGGCGUGAUCCUGGUGUAUGACGUGACCAAGAGGAGCACCUUCGCCAAGCUGGACAUGUGGCUCAACGAGCUCGAGACUUACUCCACCCGCACCGACAUUGUUAAGAUGCUGGUGGGGAACAAGAUUGAUAAGGAGAAGGUUGAGGUGAGCCGGGAAGAUGGACUCAAGUUUGCCCGCCGCCACGCCAUGCUGUUCAUCGAGGCUUCAGCAAAGACCAGGGACGGCGUGCAAUGUGCCUUCGAGGAGCUUGUACAGAAGAUCAUUCAGACUCCAGGUCUUUGGGAAAUGGACCACCGGCCUCAAGGCAGCUUCAGUGUCACCACCCAGGGCCACGAACAGGAGAACUACUGCAGCUACUGUUCCGUGCUCUAAAGGCCUCUAGCACUGUCGGUAAGCCUGUCCUUGUGCUGUAGGCUUCCCCGUGACACUUGGUGCAUCAUCGACUAACAGGAGGAAGUGGAAGCUUAGGAAGAACCUCACCCGUUGCAUUUCCACCCGUGGGCAAGCUUGUUUUCCUGCCCCUGGCUUUCCCAUGACACCUGGUGCAUCGUGACUCCUUGGAGGAAGUGAAGUGUUGUGUACAGAGAACUUCAUUGAUGGAUUUGCAUUUUUAAGGGUUGAAGAGGAGGAUGUCUUUGGCUCACAGGCUCACCAGUGGCUUGAUUGUGAGUCUCUAGUCCUUGUUUAUUGGGGCUGUGUAACUCUCCAAGCCUUUGUACACUCCAAGGAUGUGUUUCAGCUCAUAAACAUCACUCCAGUUCAUGGUCAUGCUAGGUUAAAACUGUUCUGGGGCAACUAAACUUAAGUACUGUAAUGAAAUUGUUUAAAAAGGUCUGUUAUUUUUUUUUUUGACAAUGGAUUUUGUUUGUGUGUACGUGUGCGUCUGUGUGUGUCUGUAUAAUAAUCUUAACAAGUAAAUAAUGCACUUGAGAUUGCAUACAUGACAUGAGUGAAAAAGGAUGACUUUGUAAAGAGAAUAUGAGGGCAGGGUUGAAGGAGAGGGUGUCAGGGGAAGACCACCAGUGAAAUGGAUCAAUGGAAUGGAUGAGUAUUGGAGAGAGGGAGUUGGCAGGCGAAAGAUCGAGUAUGCUGGAGGAGGGCAAGUAGGAAACACUUAUGCCGUGGCCACCCCCGUGAGAGAACAGAAGUCCAUAUCCUUAAAUCUAUCAGUCUUCUAUUAUGACUACUUUUGAUAGUCACAUGGGGAAGGUUAACCAGGCUUUCAUGGGCAAUUUUCCCGUUCAUGAUGCAGAAGUCGUGUAAAACUAUCAAUAGGAUCACAAAACACUCCAUGAAGACUCCAGCAACUUCUACAAGUGGCUUUUCAAACAGGUAAACUGAGGUGCCGAUACGUUUAAAGAAUAUGGGUUAGUGAUAGAUAGGUGAAAGAGGGAAGAAACGAGAGAAAGGGAGAAAGGAAGAUUGAGUGUCAGAAAUAGAUAGGUGAGAGAAAAAGAGAUAGAGAGAGAGGAAACGAUGUGAGGGAUAUUUCUGGGUCCUAAUUUUCCUGGUGUGUCUUAAUUGGACUGAUGCGCAUGAGCAGACCAACUCGCCUUCCCUUCAACAUCGGCUACCAAGGUGCUCGGCUUGGUCCAGGGUCGCACAACUGUCCUUUUUCUCGUGGAUCUGAAGACAUAAUUUUGGGGGAGUCGGUGAGCAUAUGUGUUGAUUAUUUAAAUGUGGAGAAAGUGCUCUGUUAAUAUUUUUAUCUGCUUUAUGUUUAGUCAGGCCAGUCUUUCAAAAAGUGGUAAGUUUAUGCAGAGGGUUCGAAUGCAGGUCAUUGCUUUUUUAUUUGGGUCUUCAGUAUAUCAUUUCGCAUGUAUCAUAUUUAGUGUAAGCAAUAAUUUUCAGUUUUAAGUUACUAAUAAAUAUUUUUGUCAUCUUACAA